AUGGGUAUCGAAAAAGGCAAUCACAAGGAGCCAACUACAGACGAGAGGAAGCCCCUCGCAAAGUGCAAAAGCUUCUCUUUCUGGUUCGGUUUUUUUUGUUUCAUAGCCGGUGCUAUUGUUGGGCUCGUUUGGUUGCACAAAGUGACCUCUCGCGAAGAACCAGUUCCGAAGAUAGAACUAGCUUCUUUGGAUUUCACGGUGCUUAAUAUCACAGACACUCGUUUAAGUGCAAAGUGGGAUAUGUCGAUACGGAUCCCCUACGAUCUUCCUAGUGUAUAUAUAUAUGUCUUCAAGGAGACCUUCAAGCUUCCUUCCUUUACAAGAAUGUCACUCUUGCUACCUCUUCCCCACAAAAGUAAGCAGUACAAAGAUCUCCAAUACAGUGAACCUCAGGUUCUUAGGAUUUCAGCGGGUGUUUCGGGAGAAGAUAUUGAUGGUUUGAUAGUUAAAGAUAUAACUGAAGAUAUGAAAGAGAAGAAGAAAGUGCGGUUAGGAACGCGUUUUUAUCUCACUGAUUGCAGGGAAAAGACAACUGGUACUAUGAGAUACGCAUGUGAUGAUGUCACCUUGCGAUUCGAACCAGGUUCCGAGAUGAAGGCGGCUUUGUUUGGGAUGAACCCUAGAUGCGUGGUACGAAAAGAGAAGCCGUGA